CAACAACUACGACACUUUCCAAAUCGAAUCGCAUCCUCAAGGGAGAGAAGGGUUACAGAUAUAGAGAGCGUGGUUCGUUGGAAAUAGAGCUGAGCUUACCAUUAUAUUAGCACAACUGUGGAUCUAGUGUAAGAACUCAAUCCCCCGCUUUUGGAUCAAUUACGUGGAGCUCGUCAUUCUAUUAUAACUUUAUACCUCAAACCCACUUCGGCCUCCAUCCGCCAUCAAAAUCAACAUCGACAAUACUACCCAAAUAACAAGCAUCACGUUAACGAGCAAAAAUGGUGGACCUCAAUCUGGCAUAUACCUCCAAGAUCAACCCAGAGGGCGUAUCUCCCGUUCUCACCAUCCCACAAAUUUGGCAAGGCCUACAACGCAAAAUCCGGUUCGCGCAUGAAUUCGUUCCUGUUAUCGAGAGCUGCGAGGUGUUGGAAGAUAAAGAUGGUGUUGUUACUCGGCAGGUCAAGUUCAAGAAGGGGCAGGGGCCCAUGGAUGAGGCAAGGGAGGUUGUUAGAAGUUAUUAUCCAGCUUGGGUUGACUUCCAACAAGAUGACGGCUCCCACAUCCGCAACAUCGUCUCCGACGGCCCCGGCGGCAGUCUCAAGGAUCUGCAUAUGACGUAUGUGUUCGAAUUCCGUCUUCCGGAUAUCGCGGAAAGUGAUACCGCGGCUGUUGAAAAGGAGCUUGCGAGAUUGAAAGGGAUGUCAAAGAAGGCUGUAGAGUCGUCUAUCGAGGUUAUCAGGGAGAUGGUUAAAGAUGGGAGGAUUGCUAGUUAGGCAAGCUUCAGGCGAGUCGGAUACCUUGGGGAGGAGUUCAACUGAAGAAUUGGGCCACUCUGAGGGCUUUUGUGAUCCGUACAAGUAGAUUGAAAGAGUAAUAAGGAAGGGGACAGUAAAGAGACGUAAAAAUAAUUGAAUGACAGUGACACGGCAUGUACUAGGAAAUAAAUCGCCCGAACUCGCCG